CAAAAACAAAAAACAAACUUUCAUUUGACAUGAGUGUUUACUUUCAAUGUGACGAAUCUCUCAACCUGAUUGGUCCAGUGUUAUUUUUGGCGGGAAAACCAUAGUGUUUUCACUAAGCUUUUUAUGUAUUACUAUCAUAGAAAUUCCUAAACCUUGACCCUUUUCCUCCUAGUGUCUGUUAUAUCUAGAAAUAAACAUAGAAUAAUGUUUUAUUAUCCCAAUGUCCUGCACCGCCAUACUGGAUGUUUUUCCACCAUUUGGUUGGCAGCCACCAGAGGUAUCAGGGUCACUCGCCGAGAGCUUCUCAAAGUCAACGUCAAGCGAACAUGCGGGGACAUUCUGAACUAUGUGACUGCUCAGGUUCCUCCGCUGCAACCCAACCUACCAAGGCCGAGGUUCUCUCUCUACCUGUCAUCCCAGCUGCAGUAUGGUGUGGUUGUAGUCUACCACAGGCAGUGUGGCUUCCUGCUUGAGGAGGUUCAACAGACCAUUGACCGCCUGCUGCGAGCUAAAAGAUCCACACCUAUUGACAUGGCCGAAUCUGAUAGGCUGACCUUGAAUGUGCCUGACAACCUGUACAUGAUGGAGGAGGCUGAAGGAGCUCAGGACCCCUUCUUUGGUCUCAUGGAAUCACAACAACUCCUCAGCCCCUAUAAAAUACACCAGACAGUGUUUGUGAUUGAAGAAGUGGGUUCACAGCACUCCCUGGUGCCCAGUCCCCUCAUCACAUCUGACAAAGAGGGUUUCAGGUCACCCCCAGCUGCCAUCACCCUGACAGAGAGGGACCAGAUUGCCAUCACUGCAACUGAGUGUUUUGAGGGUGAUGAUCUUCCUGAAGCCACAGCUAGAGAGAUUGACUUGUUGAUGGAUCAACCAGACCAGUUCUAUAGAGAAGUGGAGGAACAGCGGACAAGGGAAAGGACCAGGGAGCUUGAAGGAGCCAUGUCUUCUAUUGACCAGCUGAGGGAAACAGUACUGGGAGCUGAGCAGGACAGUGCAUGGCUGCUGGAUGAGGAGUUGGGUCAGCCUGUGGAGGUUCCUCUGGCAGCUGUUGCCCUAGAGAUGACCCCACUGCAGGUUGCCAUGCCAACACCACCCUUUGGAGCAUCUGAGAAAGAAGGAGGUCAAGCAACAGAAAGUUACGUAAAAAGUUGUUUCUUACUCUGCCAUCAGGUCGUCAUUUGUCCUAUCAGGAAGCCUGGUGGAAGUCGCAGACGUCAGCUGGUCUUUGCAGACCCUCAGGUCCAGAUAUCUGACAGAGCAAUGAAGGAACAGACUGGAAACCGGCUGGCCGAGACACUGGACCUGUCCCAGGUGUUGCUGGACUUGCCCUUCUUGACCAAGCGGGCCACUCCUGAUCAGCUCUUCAAUGCUCCCUGUGGAUCCCUGCCUCACGCUGACCUCCAGUCGCUAUGGAAACAGCAUGCCGUGCUCAGUGUCCUCCCUGCACGUGGGGAAAAACAAAGGAGGGAGAAGGCAGAGGUGGAGGAGGCAAGAGGGGAGUCUGAGCAGGACAGAGAAGUACUGAGAACAGAGAGGAGGCACUCAGGCAUGAGAGAGGUAUCCAGUGAGUCAGGACUGCAGCCUGCAGAAGGCUCAUCUGUAUUAGAUGUGAUCCUGGAUUCGUCCAAAGAAGACAAAUCGAUAAGCGAUGUGAUCACCCCCAUCAGCAGAUGGUCUCCUCAGGUGGAUGCCCAGAUACUAAUGGAGCCUAUAGCAGAGGAAAACAUUGAGAUGCCCGAAGUGCAGACUGACACAAGGAGAAGCAACACGCUGAGCUGGCUCUCCUCUAACCUGCAGAGGUUUGCAGAUAUCACCUUUGACUCUCUGCUGCCCCCAAGGACUGAUCGCACCAUUGCAGCUCACACAUUCUACAAACUGCUCGAGCUGCUGUCUGCAGGACAGGUGACUGUGCAACAGAUUGAGCCCUACAGUAACAUGACUAUAAACUGUGCAGCGCUCAGGAUGACUGCCUGAACACUCCUACAGUGACUUACACUAGCACCUCAUAGAGAUAGU